AAAACUGCAAACCCUGCGGCGUCAUGUCAAUCCUUUCUCUCUCCCCGUUAAACCUCAAACUCAAAAUACUACAAACUUUUGCGUAUUUUAACAGAUUUGCCGACUACGCCAUUUCGCGAAGCGCCCUAGCAUGAUGAAAGCAAACCCAUAUGUGAAUCUAUCGAAGCUGGACCUUACGGCCUACGUGGGAGACAUCAAUAAUCGGCAAAAGGACAUAGGCGAAUCCAAACGGCAACGCCAUGGCAGCCUCGGCCAACAAGGUUGUGCACAUCUCGAUAUGCCGCGCGGAAGGAGCACGCCGACUCGUGCAUCGGAGUUUGCACUGAAAGCAACACCACCACCGAGAGCACGAAGAUCCGGAUACCUACCUCUGAAGCGAUCGGCUGAAGAAACAUCCCUACUCUCCGUCGCCAGACGAGCCAGGUCUGAACCACGAGGACAAAGAAUGCUAGAUGCUCUUUCCCCUCGCGAUGAUCUCGACAUGUUAGAGGCCGAUAUGAGCCCCUUCGCAGCCACACCUUCCCGCAAGUCUCACAGUAAAGAUGCUGGCAAAUCGUCAACUACGAGCUCUGCACUAUUCGCUGACGUUUGGAAGACGGCCCCUCAAGCUCCCUCUCGCUUCCUGGACAACAUUGAAAUUGCAUUCAACUCGCCCGGCCUGAACGAUGUAUCUUCCCUCGAUGUCACCCAUCUGGCAUGGUUUGGCUCGGAGUUUGGCACAUCCGACGAGGAGGACAUGCAUAAUACCGAUGGCAGAUGCCCUUCGUCCGAUUUCUCGCUGCUCGAUCAUCACUUUUCUUCAUCGCCCGUACUUUAUGAACCACCAAUGGCGUUCCCGACAUCUUUCGAUGGCUUCGGAACCAGAUCACUCGACGAAUUUUCACUUUCCACCGAUGAUACUGCUGCGAAGGCUCGUCACAGCGAAACAAGUGAGGAGCGUACCUUCGGGAUGGGAUCAGCACCUGCACCUCUUCGCAAAAGAAAACACGCCGAGCUGAGCGAUAAAGGCGUGACAAAGGUCGUUGGAGCUGCUGGGAAGGAGAACUGUUCUCCCCGCUGCAACGUCUCUCAAGCGAUGAGAAUCAAACACAACUGCGACGCUGACGAACAGACGCGGUCUGGCAAUAUACUAGCCUCUCGUACUGAGGGUGCACGGCAGUGGUCAUACAAGAAAGCAGCCGGCCGACCCGAAGGCGUCAAAACGACCAUUCUGAGUGCACCAGGGCCGAACGCUCUGCACCUCACAGAAUCCGACCCAGCAUUGCGUUCCGCCUCGUCUUCCUAUCUCCACGGGGCGGCCGCCAUCUCAGCCCCAUUCCACGACUUGGAUAUCCCGUGGAUCGACAUCAUCCCCGUCCACGACCACGAGCAUCACUACCACGCAUAUACCCCAUCAUCUUCAUCCACACUCUGCGAUCUCCCGCUGGACUGGCCAUGCACACCGCCGUCGUGCCUGACCACGCCAAACACAUUUCAUUGCUCUCAUACUCACCAACACGUCCUUCAACACGCCGGGAUGCUGUGCAGUAGCCCGCUACGACCGGGAUUUGGACUGGAGGCGGGUGGUCGGGACCCCUUCUUCGGUGCGGAGCGAGUCAAGGCGUUCGAUCUCGAUAUUUAAACAUGGGUCUUUUUUGGCUUCCCGAUACUGGCUUAGAGAACCUCGCCUCGCUUUUCGUUCCUUCUGCCGGUGGAUAUUCUUCUCCUUAGCUCCCCUGCAUAAACCGCACUUCCCGUACUUCUACCACUAGUUUCACCGCUGGUUUCCGGUUGGAUUAAAAUCUGUACAUUAUUUGCUUGUAGUACGUUGUAGGCUCUUUCCCCGUCUACGGCGCUUUGUUCCUUCUUGCAUAUCCUUUUCUUUCGUGUAUCUCUUUUCGGCCGUAUCCAGUAUCGUAGAUACUUUCCGUUUUCGUCGCUAAAUUAUGACUUUUGGCCCCUAUUCUGUACAUUCGUUCUUGGCUUCGUCUUUCGCUUUGGCACGUUCGCUGAUACCUCUUUCAGCUGCGACGGAACCGCUCCCAAACUGUA